GCGCCGCGUCCGGGCCCGGUUGGUGCGCGAGACGCCGGGGAGAGGUUGGUGGCUCAUGUAACAGUUUGCAAGCCCGAGGUGGGGAGUUGCGGCGGGUACGGGGGCUCGGCUCGCUCGUUUUUUGUCUGCCGCGCUCACUGCCCCCGCGCCGGGGCCGGCAGAGCGAGCCCGCGAGGUCGCGCGGCGGGUGGGCGGAGAAGCCGGUACGGGGGCGUAGCAAGGCCGGCCCGGUGCAGCCGGCGUGCGAGCGCGGCCCGCGGCGCUCAGUGGCUAAAAUGGACAGAAAGAGGAGACCUGGGUGGCUGCCCUGCUGGGCCCUGGUGGCCGUGUUCUUGGCAAACCUGUUGGUGUUGACUGACACCCUUGCAGUGAUGUCUGUGGAUCUGGGCAGUGAAUCAAUGAAGGUGGCAAUCGUCAAGCCUGGUGUACCGAUGGAAAUCGUCCUGAACAAGGAGUCUCGGAGGAAAACACCUGUGGUCGUAACCCUGAAAGAGAAUGAAAGAUUCUUCGGAGAUAGUGCAGCAAGCAUGGCCAUCAAGAACCCAAAGGCCACAGUUCGGUACUUCCAGGACCUACUGGGGAAGCGGACUGACAACCCACAUGUGGCACUUUACCGGGAACGAUUUCCUGAGCAGGAGCUGGGCAGUGACCCACAGAGGCAGACUGUUCAAUUCCAGCUGAGCCCGCAGCUACAGUUCUCUCCUGAGGAGGUGCUGGGCAUGAUUCUCAAUUACUCUCGUUCCCUGGCUGAAGAUUUUGCUGAACAGCCUAUCAAGGAUGUAGUGAUUACCGUGCCAGCCUUCUUCAACCAGGCUGAGCGCCGGGCUGUGCUUCAGGCUGCUCGUAUGGCCGACCUGAAGGUGUUACAGCUCAUUAAUGCCAACACGGCUACUGCCCUCAGCUAUGGAGUCUUCCGCCGCAAAGACAUCAAUGCCACUGCUCAGAAUGUGAUGUUCUACGACAUGGGCGCGGGUAGUACUGUGUGUACCAUCGUCACCUAUCAGACAGUGAAAACCAAGGAAGCUGGUACUCAGCCCCAGCUGCAGAUCCGUGGUGUGGGGUUUGACCGAACUCUGGGGGGCCUGGAGAUGGAACUUCGACUUCGGAAACAUUUGGCAAAACUCUUCAAUGAGCAACGCAAGGGACAGGGAGCAAAGGAUGUUCAGGGAAACCCUCGGGCCAUGGCUAAGCUGCUUCGUGAGGCCAACAGGCUCAAAACCAUCCUGAGUGCUAAUGCUGACCAUGUGGCACAGAUUGAAGGGCUGAUGGAUGAUGUGGACUUCAAGGCAAAAGUGACUCGGGCAGAAUUUGAGGAGCUGUGUGGGGACCUGUUUGAGCGGGUGCCUGGGCCUGUGCAGCAGGCUCUCAGCAGUGCUGAAAUGAACUUGGAAGAGAUUGAGCAGGUGAUCCUGGUAGGUGGGGCCACUCGGGUCCCCAAAGUGCAGGAGGUGCUGUUGAAAGCUGUGGGCAAGGAGGAGCUGGGGAAGAACAUCAAUGCUGAUGAAGCAGCUGCCAUGGGUGCUGUGUACCAGGCUGCUGCCCUGAGCAAGGCCUUCAAGGUGAAGCCCUUUGGUGUUAGGGAUGCCACAGUCUAUCCCAUCCAGGUGGAGUUCACAAGAGAAGUAGAGGAGGCUGGCCCUCGGAGCCUGAAACAUAACAAACGGGUUCUGUUCUCUCGAAUGGGACCCUAUCCCCAGCGAAAAGUCAUUACUUUUAACCGCUACAGUGAUGACUUCCAUUUCCACGUGAACUAUGGUGACAUGGGCUUCUUGGGGCCUGAGGAUCUCAGGGUGUUUGGCUCCCUGAACCUGACCACAGUGAAACUGAAAGGAGUUGGGGAAAGCUUUAAGAAGUAUCCUGACUAUGAGUCCAAGGGUAUCAAGGCCCACUUCAACCUGGAUGAGAGUGGUGUCCUAAGCCUCGAUCGGGUGGAGUCUGUAUUUGAGACAACAGUGGAGGACCGGCCUGAAGAAGAGUCCACUCUCACCAAACUUGGCAACACCAUUUCCAGCCUUUUUGGAGGUGGCUCCACCCCAGAGGCCAAGGAGAAUGGGACAGACACUGUGCAGGAAGAAGAGGAAACUCCAGCUGAGGGGAGCAAGGAGGAACCUGUGGAGCAGGCAGAACCCAAAGAGGAAGCCAAGGUCCCAGGCGAAGGGGACACUCAGACCCCAACCCCUGAGCCAAUGGAUGAUGCAGCCCCCAAGGGAGAGGCUGCACCAGAGAAGGGUGAUGGGGAAAAAACGGAGGCCCAGGAACCAAGUGACCAAGGGGAGCCAGGGCCAGAGGGCAAAGCGCAGGCUUCUGAGGAGGAAAAGAAGCCGAAGGUGGCCCGAAAGCAGAAGAUGGUUGAGGAAAUUGGAGUGGAACUGUCUGUGCUUGACCUUCCUGACCUCCCAGAGGAUGAGCUGGCACGUUCUGUGCACAAGCUUCAGGAGCUGACUCUUCGAGACUUGGAAAAACAGGAAAGGGAGAAGUCAGCCAACAGUCUGGAGGCCUUCAUCUUUGAAACCCAGGACAAGCUCUACCAGCCGGAGUACCAGGAGGUAUCCACAGAGGAAGAACGAGAGGAGAUCUCUGGGAAGCUUAGCUCAGCCUCUACUUGGCUGGAGGAUGAGGGCUUCAGUGCCAGCACCAAGGAACUGAAAGAAAAGUUGGCCGAGCUGAAGAAGCUGUGUCGGGGGCUUUUUUUCCGUGUGGAAGAGCGAAAGAAGUGGCCUGAGCGGCUGGCAGCCCUGGACAGCCUCCUCAACCAUUCAAACAUUUUCCUCAGGGGUGCCCGGCUAAUCCCAGAGAUGGACCAGAUUUUCACAGAGGUGGAACUAAGCACACUGGAGAAAGUCAUCAAUGAGACCGGGGCCUGGAAGAAUGCCACCCUGGCAGAACAAGCCAAACUCCCUGCCACCGAGAAGCCAGUUCUGCUUUCAAAGGACAUCGAGGCAAAGAUGUUGGCUUUGGACCGUGAAGUUCAGUACCUGCUCAACAAGGCCAAGUUCACCAAGCCCCGGCCUCGUCCCCGGGACCAGAACAAGACCCAGACUGACCCAUCACAAAAUCAAAGUGCCAGUGCCCAGGAGGAGAAGGUCAUUCCACCACUGGAUGAAGAUGUGGAACCCAUCCCAGAGCCACCUGCCGCUGGGGAAAAGGCAAAGAUUCCUGACUUAGGGCUUGAUCUAGGGGACACUGAGCCUUUGGAAUUGAGUGGACCAGGGGCAGAUUCAGAGCAGAAGGAGCAGCCGCCGCCACCAAGGCCACAGGAGACCCGGUCGAAUGAUGAGCUAUAGCUGCCCCCUCCCCUGUCAUCCCCUUCCUCCCAACCACCUCUAUUUAUUGUCCAUUGGGGGGAAGGGGGUGAGUCUUCCCCCAGGGGUCCCUGAGGAGGGAGAAUGAAGAAGCAGCCCCUGGCUCCCUUUUUCUUCUGGUGGGAGACAUUAGGAGUUGAAUUAGAGCUGCAGCCUCUUUCCCAGGCCCUGGCAACACAACAUCUUGAAUGUUUUAAAAUCACCCCAAGUUCUCUUGCUAUGCCAGGAGGUGGGUGGGGACUAGCAUGCGAGCAGGCAGUUGAUGUGGGCCAUGUACAGGGGUGCAUUAGGAAAGGGAGGGACUCCUGUUUGUACCCUUGGAAAUAAACAUCUGCCUGUGGGAGAGGUGAGGAGUAGUGGGAGGGCUCCAGGAGAGAUGGGGGACUGCUGGCCUGGGGGUGUCUGUUCUUCCCCUCUGGAUCUCCCCACCCUCCCCAUCCCCCACUCUCUCCACAUCUCCAUGGCCACUAAACAAAAUGCUGUCCCAUGUGCACUUAUUUAAGGGGAGGGGAGGGAGGGAGACUAAAUGAGCCAGUGUCCUCUUGGUCACUAAGUUGGGUAUCUGGCUUCCUAACCAUGCCCUGUCUUCUCCUUUCUCCACCCCCACCAUGUUCUUUCCCCUAAAAGAGGCAGCCCAGUUGCAUUUGCUCCCAGGUGUUACUAUCGGGGCUCCGCUCUCUUGCCCAUGGCCUCACUUCAUAUUGGAGCAGGGGGUUAGGAGGUGAGGAGGCAUAAACUGACCUGUAAACACCUAGGACAUCCCCUGUAGUCGAGGCAGGAAAGCAGGGAUGGGUGAGUUAGAAAUCCAGAAAUUUUGUUUUGGAGAAGUUAGGUGGACUGAGCUCAUUCACUGUGGGUGUAGAAAUAGGUAGGAAAACAGAGUUUGGGUUGUGGGUGGGUAGAUGGGGUGAUGCUGACUGAGGAGGGCAGGUAUGGGGUGAAAGCUCCCAGCAGGUACUGUUGACAUCUCUGGUUCUGUCCCCCAUGUGCUCUAGCUAUUUAAUCUCCCCUUCUGCCACUGUCUCCCAGGCACAGCCUCCCCCCUGGGCAGACCAAAAUGUGCUUUCUACUGUGAGCCCCAGCCCCCGGGUGGGGGAAGACCAUGGCGAGACUGCCAAAUGCCUUUUGAUUCCUCCAGAAUGCCAGGAAAGCCAGAAGUUGGAAGUAGGGGUGGUGGGUGUUAAGUCAGUUCUGAAGGGGUGAAGGUUUUUAGCCUCUGCUGUAGAUCCAGGAGUGGAAUCCCUUCCCUGCCUGCGGGAGCCCAGCUCCAGGGCUCUACACCAGGGGCUAAGCUGGAGGGAAGCCAUGUUGUGUCUUUGUCUCCCAUUUUUUUCUUUUUUUUUUUCUUUUUUGCCACAUUGGCAGAAACAGGGACCUCUAGUGGUCUUGCCUCCCCUCCACUCCUGUGCAUUUGGGUUCUUUGACUAGGAGUUGAGGCUGGUUGGACAGUUUUGAGUCAAAUUGUACUUUGAGACAUUGUUAAUUGAGAAAUGGUUUCAAUAAAAUAUUCGCUUUUCUACAGCC